AUGUGGAGGACCAGAACAGUAUCACUGUUAUUUGCACUGGUGCUGGGCUCUGAGGUUGCACGGUGCAAGGAUGUCGGGUCCAUAGCGGGAGAUGACUUAGCCUUGCAGGAUCAGUUGGAGAAUUUGGGUGACAUAUCGUCAGUACCAGGAACAAAAAGUCCUCAGAUCCUGGCAGCGCAGUUCGAGUGCUAUCUGAAGAUAAUCAAUGAUCCACCACGAUCUGAAGAAGGUAAUUACUGUAACCGCACAUGGGACGGCUGGCUGUGUUGGGAGGAUUCGUCUCCAGGGACGUUAGUACAGAUGUGUCCGGAAUACUUCCAUGAUUUUGACCCUGCUGAAAAAGUUACCAAAGUUUGUAAUCCUAACGGCGAGUGGUUCAUCCACCCUGAGAGCAACAGAUUGUGGUCCAACUACACCCAGUGUCAAAUCUACACCAAAGACAAACGGAAGUUUGCCAUCAGUCUGUACUACCUGGCCAUGGUGGGUCACGGCCUGUCCAUUGUCUCUCUAAUCAUCUGCCUCAUCAUCUUCUCCUAUUUCAAGAGUCUUAGCUGCCAGAGAAUCUCCCUUCACAAAAACAUGUUCCUCUCUUUCAUUUUAAACUCCAUUGUUACCAUCAUGUUGCUCUCGCUGACAGCAGCCAACAACCAGGCCAUAAACACUAGCAACCCUGUGAGCUGUAAAGUUUUGGCUGUGCUCGUCCAGUACACUUCGACCUCAAACUAUUUCUGGAUGCUGUGCGAGGGCAUCUACCUUCACACUCUCAUCAUUGUGGCUGUCUUUGUUGGGGAGCAGAAGCUCUUCUGGUACUACGUCUUGGGGUGGGGCUUUCCAGUUGUUCCUGCCGUCACCUAUGCCGUGGCUCGUGGGCUGUUCUUUAAUGACCGGUGUUGGAUCAACUCUCACACUCACCUGCUAUACAUCAUUCAUGGACCUAUUCAGGCUGCACUCCUGGUGAACUUGUUCUUUCUCGUGAACAUUUUGCGGGUUCUGAUCACCAAACUGAAGGAGACCCACUGUGCCGAGUCCACUGCCUACAUGAAGGCUGUGAGAGCCACGCUCAUUCUUGUCCCGUUGCUCGGAGUCCAGUUUAUUCUUUUCCCCUGGAGGCCAGAGGGGCGCAUCAGCCGGGCCGUAUAUGAUUUCUUUGUAAAUAUCCUCUGCCAUUUUCAGGGACUCCUGGUGGCAAUUAUAUUCUGUUUCUGCAAUAGUGAGGCACAAACAGCGCUAAAGAGAAAAUGGUCACAGUGGAAGUCAGCUUGGGGGAAGACAGGCUGGGGAGAGACCACUGCUGCCAACAACCAUUUCAGCUUCCACAGUAACUCCUCCAUCACAGAGACCAGCCGCGCCACCGUCAGCGCAGAACAACUCGAGUUUCAAUGGAAAAGCGGCGAAAAGGCUCACUUCCUACCUGGCUGGCAGCCAGAGAGAAGUGUGACGUGCAGGAACGGGCAAGCGGACGUGCUCAACAAGCUGAGGACCACCAGCAUGUGA